AUGUAGCUUAAUAAUGGUAGUAUCGCAUUUGAUAAUCAAUAGCUGAAUUCUUAAACUUAGCGAGUAGAAGAAAAUUAAGGAAGUUUAUUAUCAAAUUUAUUGAGUAUAAUUUUUAGCGAAUAAAAUUUAAUUGCAUUGGUAAUAUUUUUAAUUGGCUACUUUGUUGGAAGAAGAAAGAGAAAUAAGCCUUUAAAAAAUGAUGAAGUUUAAAUUUAAAAUGAAGAAUUAUAAAAUAAAAUAUUUAAUAGCGACUCAUCAUAACAAGGAGUUACAUCUACAAAAUAAACAUUUAAUAUUGAGUAAAAUAGAUCAGAUUUUACAGGUCUGAACUUUGAUUAAAAUUCUUUUUCAUAAAGAGGCGUUAUAGAAUCUAGAAAAUAUUCAAACUAGAGUGGAGGAAAUUACAAUGAAGAUAUUUCUUCUGCAAAUUCUGAUAUUUCUUUUUAGAAUAAUGAAAAUUAAGUGAAAAAUACACAUAAAAAUAGCUAUUUAGAAGAUCAUUUUGAAGACAAUAAUUUAUCUUCUUAGGGAAAAAGUGCAGUGAAAAAUGAAAGUCAAGUUUCAAAUGAAAAUUCAAAAUAGCUGAUAUAGUAAAGCUAGCAAAUAAAGUUUGGAUCAGAUAAUUAAAGCAGUGAAAAUUAAUAUAAACAUUAUUAAGGUGAAUUAGCAUUAGUUCCUUUUAAAUAAAAUGGAAACUCAAAUUACUACAAUAACAAUAUCCACAAUAUGUAAAAUUAGUUAAUGAUUGAUAAUGGUAGUUGCAGUGAUAACAAGAGCUCAAGUCAAGCCUAGUAACCUUUACAAAGAAAGUUGCUUAAUGAUAUAGGAAGUGCUUUGGUCAAAAAAAAAGCUAGACAUAAUAAAAUGUAUGGUUUAAGUGAAGAAAGUGAGGAAGAAUUACUUUUUGAGUAGUGUACCUUUAAGAAUCCGCCAUUGAGAAAGAAGGCAGAUUUUAAAAUUGAAUUCGAGUAAGAUGAUGCUAAGGGAGUAUAUAGAAAGAUAGAAACACACUAAGUUAUUACUGACUAUGUAUAAACUAAAGAAAUUCAUAAAGAAAUAGAAGAGAUUAAGUAGACUUUCUCAUCAUAAUUCUAAAUUAAAGAGAAUCAAAAUGUAAACGGCUUUAAGAUGUCUCUUGUGAAAUAAAAUUUAUAAGUUAUUCCCAUGUUGGAAAAAAUGAAAAGCUAAAGUAUUUCAGAAAUAAAUAACCUAAACGAUAGCGCUUAGCGUGGACAAUUUAAUUCUUAUGAGAAGGAACAGCAACUUGCUUUAUAUAUGAAAUCACCUUUUGAAGUUGAAACAAGAAUUUCACCCCUUUAUGAACAAAGUCAUAUCAAACAAUAUUUAGAUAAUGGCAAAUUCAACAAAUUCUUUAGAGUAAUAGAUGAAUUAGGAAGAGGAGGUUUCGGAAGAGUUUAUAAGGUGCAAAGUAUGGUUGAAGAAAAAAUCUAUGCAAUAAAAAAAAUAGCUGUUCCCUAUGAUGGAUUUUCAAAUCCAAAAGAGCAUAAGUAUUUCAGAGAAGUAAAGAGUAUUAUGAGUCUUAAUCACAUCAACAUUGUUAGAUAUCACACAAGCUGGUGGGAAAAUUGUGAUGACGAAAUGGUAAAUUAAGUCAACGAAUUCUUAUAGACAAAUAAUAAUUUAUACUCUGAUGACAAUAGUCCUUCUGUUUCUGAAGCUUAUUAAAAAAAUAAAAGUGACUACAACAGAUCUUAUGCACUCUCAAAACAAACUAACCAGACUCAGUCUUAUGUUUUAAGCUACAAUAAUGAUAAUCUUUCUUGUAUAGAAUGGGAAUAGUCAGAAAAUGAAAAUCAAAACCCUAAUAUUUCUAACAAUGAUGGGAUAAAAAAGAAAUUAGAUGACUCUCAAACAAUAAAUGAAUAUCGUGAAUAAAAUAAAAGUCAUAAGACUUUUAAUUUUACAAAAGAACCUUCUUAAUUGCUAACCUUAUACAUACAACUUGAAUAUUGCUCAGGAAAAACUUUAAGAAAUUACCUUGAUGAAUAAACUCAUGGAUUAGACAGCAAAGAAGCCUUCCAAAUAUUUUCUUAAAUGUUAGAAGGUGUAAAUUAUCUUCAUAAAAACUAAAUUAUUCAUAGAGAUCUUAAGUAAAUAAUUUAUUUAUUGCUUUACUUUUAAUUUAAAUAAUAAAAAAUAUAAAAUAGACCUUCUAAUAUUCUGUUUGAAAACAAAAUUGCAAAAAUUGCAGAUUUCGGUUUGUCGAUUUAAUAGGAAUUAGGACUUAUUAAUGCUAACUAAGAAUUACCAUCAUAAAAAAAUAUUGAUGGACAAGAUAUAUCAGUUGCUCACACAGGAAACGUAGGAACUCCAUUUUAUAUGCCACCUGAAUAGCAAGAUAAAUCAGGAAAAUACAAUGAAAAGAUCGAUGUGUAUUCUCUUGGUAUCAUUUUGUUAGAAAUAAUUCAUAAAAUGGAUACAUACCAUGAAAAGCUUGAAAUAGUGAAAAAGUUAAAAGGUUCCUAGGAAUUGCCUAAAAAUUUGCAAAAAACUUAAAAGUAUGCAUGUGAGCUUAUUAUUUAAAUGACAAGCUUAAAACCAUAAAACAGACCAUCAAUAGAAUAAAUUUUGCAAGGAAAAACUUAUAUGUAAUGGAAAAAAAAAGCUUUGAACUUGGAUAAGGUUUAUUGA